AUGGUGACAACAGCCAGGGACACCUCGGGAGUCACAGCAACGGUGACAACUGCCAGGGUCACCCUGGGAGUCGUGGCAACAGUGACAACAGCCAGGGACACCUUCAAAGCUACAGCCACGGUGACAACAGCCAAGGGCUCGGAGUGCAAUGAGUCCCCCCAGCGCCGGCUGCGAGGGAUGCAGGGCAGCCUCGGGAAUUGCGAGGCCCGGCGCUCCAGGGAUGCAGCCACAUUUCCAGAUCCGGUCCUGUUCACGGUCUUGCUGGUUCUUAUCCCGGUCCCGUGGCUGUUCCUGGUGGCGGGCUCAUCCCGUUCCCGUUCCUAUUCCCGGUCCCGGUCCCGGUCCCGCCCCGCCGCUCCCUCACGGAACCGCACCCCCUCACAGCGGCCGCCAGGGGGCGCCCCGCUCCGACCACGCCCCACAAGCGCGCAGCCGGCCGAGCCCUCUGGCACCGACCAAUCAGAGCCGGCGGCGCUGCCCGCGCGCUCCCAGCGGCCAUUCUCAAAGCGGCGGGGGCAUGAAUGGGGAUCGGGAUCAGGAUCGGGAGCGCGACCGGGACCGGGAUCGGUACCGGGGCGCUGGGCCGCCACUGCCUGCGUGGUGACGGGCGCUUCCCGCGGCUUCGGGCGCAGCCUGGCGCGGCUGCUGGCGCCGCAGCUCGGGCCCGGCUCGGUGCUGAUGCUGCUGGCGCGCUCCGCGGAUGCGCUGGCCGAGCUGGCGACCGAGCUGCGCGCCGGGGCCACCGGCAAUGACACGGGCAGUGUCACCGGGAGCAGCGAGCUGCGGGUGCAGUGCGUGCCCGCUGACCUGGGCUCCGAGGAGGGGCUGCGGAGGGCGAGCGCUGCCCUGCGGGAGCUGCUGCAGGACGCGUCCUUCGGCCGCCUGCUGCUGGUCAAUAAUGCCGGCUCCUUGGGAGACAUCUCCAAAUCCUUCCUGGACCUGACCGACCUGGAGGAGAUCAACUCCUACUUCUCCUUCAACAUCAGCUCAGCCCUCUGCCUGACCUCCACGGCCCUGAGGGCCUUUGGGGCCCGGCCUGGCUGCAGCAGGACCGUGGUGAACAUCUCAUCCCUGUGUGCCCUGGAGCCCUUCCCCAGCUGGGCCCUGUACUGCUCUGGCAAGGCUGCCAGGGACAUGAUGUUCCGUGUGCUGGCCCUGGAGGAGCCCGGAGUGCGUGUGCUCAACUAUGCCCCAGGCCCCCUGGACACGGACAUGCAGCUCCUGGCCCGGAGCAGGACUCGGGACUCUGGGCUGCGCCAGCGCUUCCAGAGGCUGCAGGAGCAGGGCCAGCUCAUCCCGAGCUCUGUGUCAGCCCAGAAGCUGCUCCAGCUCCUGCAGGAGGAUUCCUUUCCCUCCGGAGCUCACGUGGAUUUCUUUGACAUCUGAGCCCCUCCACUUUUGCCUCCCUGCUUUGCUUCCAGCUGAGCCUUUCCCUGGUGCCUCCAGCGGGACCUUGUUCAAAUCCUGGGAUUUGGGAAGCUUUAAGGAUAUCUCUUUGUGCCUUUUUGGUCCCUGUGUGCCUUGUGGUGCCCUUUUUCAUCUCUGUGUGCCUUGUGGUGCCCUUUUUGGGCUCUAUGUGCCCUUUAGUGCCCUUUUUGGUCUUUGUGUGCCUUGUGAUGCCCCUUUUUGGUCUCUGUGUACCCUUUAGUGCCCUUUUGAGGCUGGGCUGCAGCUCCUGCUGCUGAGCCCUCACUGGCAGGGCUGCAAUCCCUCACUCCCAGGGAUUUGGGAUUUUUCCUGAUGUAAUUUCCCUGGAAGGCUCAAAUUCAGGAGUUUGUGGGAGCCAAAGGAGUUUGUGCCAGCCCCACAGAGGCCCCAGCAGGAGCUGUGUCUCCAUGUGUGCCCACAAGGAGCCAUUCCUGGGCUGGGAUGUCCCCUGUGUGGUAUUUGAGGGUGCCCAGGAUGAGGGAAGAGAUGAGAAUCUUGAUUCCGUGUUUCAGAAUGCUGAUUUAUUAUUCCAUGAUAUGAUAUGAUAUGAAAUUAUAAGAAAACUAUAUACUAAAACUAUACUCAAGAAAAGAGAAAGGAGACAUCAGAAGGGUAGAAAGGAAUAAUAUAAAUAAUAAAUAAUAUAAGAAAUAAUAAAAUUUUGUGGCUGACCAGAGUCCCCACACAGCUGGACUGAGAUUGGUCAUUAAUUAAAAACAAUUCACAUGGAACCAACCAAAGAUGCACCUGUUGGUGAGCAACCUCCAGAGCACAUUCCAAGCAAUCAGAUCAUUCUUGUUUACAUUUAUUUCUGAGGUUUCUCAGCUUCUCAGGAGAAAAAUCCUGGCAAAGGGAUUUUCCAGAAAAUAUCAGUGAUAAUCCCUGGAUCCCUGGCUAUGUCCCAGCUGAUCCAGGGCUCCUGCAGGGCUGGGAUGGGUUCUGUGUGUCACAAUCCGUCCUUAUGAACGGGGUUCGUGAUGGUUCGUGGAUUGAUCUCAGGGU